AAUUUGUUUUUAUUUUUACCAAAAAAUUUACUCUGCAGAGUGUCUUAAAAUCGAAAUUAAUUAAUUAAAAUUGAUCAAGAAGAGCGCUGAUAUUCAAAAGAAGUAUUUUAAAAGUCACAUUUGGAUUUUAUUAACUUCUCUUCAUUUGUUCAUCUGAAACCUUGCAACUAGUCGAAAUUCUAGAACCUUCUUCACAACUAACGUAAGUAAGUAUGUAUAUGCUGCUGCAACACUCAGGCCCAACACUUUCGUUACAACAAAUCACGAGCUACAGACAUACAUACAAACACACGUGCUAAAUGUAGCACACUAACCCGAUCACCAGACCGCUCGCAGAAAUUUCAAUUCUCCUCUUGCCUUCACCUUGUCAACUUGUCCGCUAUACACGUAUGCUCGAACAUACAUACACACAUACUUGCACAUACAAUUCUACACUAUUCAUAUAAUAAACGCUCUCCGCUCUGCGGCGGCACUAGCCACUGUUGCCCGUCAAGCCCAAAGCAAGCCAGUCGCCCCGUGCAAUGCCUGUUCAUUGAGAAUUUCGUUUCAGUAGUUGGUCGCAUCUUCGAGAUACUCGGUCGUACGGUUCUACGCUUUACACAGUGAUAUUCACACGCGGUCACAUACAUACAUACAUACAUACGAGCAUAUAAGCAAAAUAAAGAAAAUAAUUGUUUUAGCUUAUACUUUUUGCGCUAUCAAUUUGUUUGUGCGUUUGUACGUGUGUUUUGCGACGAACAGUGGACGCGUGACACGCGAGUGCCCCCUCAUACUAGACAUACUUACACGCGAACCUAUAUACAAUUUUUAACAGGCUGUUAAAAAGGCGUUGUAGUGCAACAAAAACAACAACAGCAAAAGCCACUAGGAAAAAUCAAUUGCAUUCAAUUUGCCAGUGUUUUUGUUUUUGUUUUGUGGUGAAAAGUGUGUCUUUAGCACAACCAAUUCAAAAUGAGGGAAAUCGUUCACUUGCAAGCUGGUCAAUGCGGCAAUCAAAUUGGCUCAAAGUUUUGGGAAAUCAUCUCCGAUGAGCAUGGCAUCGACCCGAAUGGCAUGUACGUUGGUGAGAAUGAUUUGCAAUUGGAACGCAUCGAUGUGUACUACAAUGAGGCCAGCAGUGGUAAAUAUGUGCCACGCGCUGUACUCAUCGAUUUGGAGCCAGGCACAAUGGAUGCUGUUCGCCAAUCGCCAAUGGGUAUGCUAUUCAGGCCAGAUAACUUCGUGUUCGGCCAAUCCGGAGCGGGCAAUAACUGGGCCAAAGGUCAUUACACAGAGGGCGCCGAGCUAAUUGACUCUGUGUUGGAUGUGCUGCGUAAAGAGUCCGAGGGUUGCGAUUGCCUACAAGGCUUCCAAUUGGCACACUCUCUCGGUGGCGGUACCGGCUCCGGUUUGGGUACUCUGCUUAUUUCCAAAAUACGUGAAGAGUACCCCGACAGGAUAAUGAAUACAUUUUCGGUGGUGCCAUCACCAAAGGUUUCCGAUACCGUCGUGGAGCCGUACAAUGCCACAUUGUCCAUACAUCAACUUGUCGAGAAUACCGAUGAGACAUUCUGCAUCGACAACGAGGCUUUAUACGACAUCUGCUUCCGCACACUGAAGCUGACAUCGCCCACCUAUGGCGAUUUGAAUCAUCUUGUAUCCGUCACAAUGUCCGGCGUGACAACCUGCCUCCGUUUCCCCGGCCAACUAAAUGCCGAUCUGCGCAAACUGGCCGUGAACAUGGUGCCGUUUCCGCGUUUGCACUUCUUCAUGCCCGGCUUUGCGCCACUCACCGCCAAGGGUUCGCAACAGUACCGCGCUUUGACUGUAUCCGAACUGACUCAGCAAAUGUUCGAUGCCAAGAAUAUGAUGACAGCGUGCGAUCCCCGUCACGGACGCUAUCUAACAGUGGCGUGCAUCUUUAGAGGCCCAAUGUCGAUGAAGGAGGUCGACAUGCAAAUGUACAACAUACAAAGCAAGAACAGCAGCUACUUCGUCGAAUGGAUACCAAAUAAUGUUAAGGUAGCUGUUUGCGAUAUACCACCGCGUGGUCUCAAAAUGUCCGCCACAUUCAUUGGCAACACCACUGCCAUACAGGAGAUCUUCAAGCGUAUAUCCGAGCAAUUUACGGCCAUGUUCCGGCGUAAGGCGUUCCUGCAUUGGUACACCGGCGAGGGCAUGGACGAAAUGGAAUUCACCGAAGCCGAAUCGAAUAUGAACGAUUUGAUUUCCGAAUAUCAACAGUAUCAGGAGGCCAGCGUCGAGGAUGAUGUUGAAUUUGACGACGAACAAGACGAGCACGAGGCGUACGAAGAUAAUGCCAUACAAAAUGGUGGCCUCUAAUGACCAACUACGUCGAAAAUGUCGAAAUCAAAUGGAGUGUUGUUGAUCGACUGUUCGCCCAACUGUAAUGUUUUCAGAAAAAUAAUUAUUUUUGCUGUUGUUCACUUUACAAUGUAAUUUGCAUGUAAUGUUUUGUUAAGCAUAAAACAUUUAGUAUAAAAAAUAAAUAAAAUAAAAGUUGCAAAUAUUUUGUACAAUCCAAAAGUAA